ACACACAUUUCAACUUCACAGUUGCCCAUUUACCACCGUUUCAUAUAAAAAAGCGUUUUACCAAGUUUUAUACAUAAAUUAAGCGUAAGCCAUAAAAAUGAAGUGGACUUUCUACAUUAUAGUGUUUAUUUAUAUGUUUUAUAGAGCAGUUUAUGGGCUAAAAUCUAAGGAAAUAACGAGCUUAUCGAUAGAACCGAUUGAUUAUGGUGCUGACAAAAGCUACUAUCCUGCUGGUAUACGUAAAUCCAUUAGUUGUAAAGCUGCAAAUAAAAACCAGAAGGUGGAGUGGUUAGACCCAAAUGGAAAAAUUGUUAAAAGAAUUUCAACGAAUCGAGUAUUCGUUCAGGAGCAUUUUGUACCGUCAUCAUCAUUUCGCACCCGAGUACCAGCCCUUGUGUUGAUUUUCUCACAUGCUAUUGUGGAUGAUAGUGGUGUUUGGGAGUGCCGUUCUGGAGAUAUAAAGAAAAACGUCUCUCUUUGCAUUAUUGAUCCGUCGAAAUUUGUGGAUACACCAACAGAGGUCAGCGUUGACAGAGGUCGCUCCAUAACGUUAUCCUGCCAAGCAAGAGGAGAUCCAGAGCCGAGGCUGUUUUGGUUCAGAGACGGAGACGUAAUAACAGAGGAUUUGUUACCAUCGAAAUAUAGACUAAUGACUAAAUAUAACAGUCAAGGGUUCGAGGGACUGUUAACAAUUAAUUCCUUGGAACCGGAAGACAGUGGUGUCUACACUUGCGGAGCUCUUCAAGAGAGUCCACUCGUUGAUGGGUGUAUGAAUAACGAAAGCUUUAAUAUUACAUUGCAAGUAAAUUAUGCUCCGGUGUUUGAGGAUGCAAAUGAUACGGAAAUUGUUUAUCAGCAAGAUAAUGAGAGUGUUGAUCUAGUGUGUUCUGCGAAUGGAUUUCCUACACCAACUUACACGUGGUUCCGAGAUUUAGGCGAAACGCUAUUUGAGUUUCCCGAAGAACGAGUAAAUCUGAAACAAGAUGGUACUAAAGCCGUGUUAACAUUGCCUUCUAAUGUUUCGACGUCCGCUCAAAGAUAUAGAUGUCGUGCUAGUAACCAGUAUGGAGAGACGUAUAAAGUAUUUGCUAUACUCAAGUUGGAAAGACCAAAGACGCCUUAUAAGGUAAUAACUCAAGAUGCAGGCCAUGAUAGGGUGCAAUUGUAUGUUUCGUGGGCCGAAGCGAUAAUGUUCCCGGUGAAAGUAAUAGAGGUUCAAUAUUUAAAAAAAAGAAGUUUGCCAAGAAGGAAAAUAGAAACUCUAAAGGAAGCCGACUGGCGGAAAUCCGAGGCUGUAGAAUUAGAUUUGGACUCUACUGAAGAUGUGGAUACAGAUGGCGAAGGUUUGUUAGUUACUUUGACAAAUUUGGAACCAGAAACGGAAUACUGGAUACGUUUACGUGCAGUCAAUGAUGCUGGAGAAUCGUCUUGGACUGAACCGGUUUUGGUGCAAACAGUGGAAAAAACUGAAACAGAAGCUCCGGAUGUAGAAGAGAAUGAAAAUAGUGAAAACGAUGCCAUUGUGAAUGCUGAGUUAAAUUAUUCUGAUGCUACAUUCUAUGGCGUGUUCUUCGCUGGCGGUAUUGUUAUAGUAGCGGUAGCAUGUAUGUUUCUCAUGAGAAUGGUGUAGAAUAUUAAUAUCGAUUUAUCAGUUAUUUAAUAAAUGUUGUCAAUAAAUAUAGGAAGUGGGCUUAAUAUAAACUUUCUUUAUUUAUUUUAAGACGUGUAAGACGGGUAUCACACAUAAAAUCGUUCUACACCGUUACGUAACAUUCAUCUCCUUGAAUUUCAAUGAAAAAUGCUUAAGUGAAAUUCUGAAUGGCGCUUAAGUUCAAAGUUACUUUGAUUCUGCAAUUUUAUAUUGCGGUAUUUUCCUCGAAAUUUUUUAUUUGCAAUCUUUUAUUUUUAUAUAUAUACUAUAAGACAGUUUUGGUAUAGUCCCUUCGCUAAAUCCAUCGCUAAAUUUCAUUCCUCAACCACAUCUCAGAUUAGAGGAAAUCCAUGUCCACCGAUAGAUGACUAUUUCUGUCUUGCAAAUCACAGAUGUAGAUAAGCGUAUUGGCAAAAGUCGCUAACUUACUUACCGCCUAGUGGAGGAGGUUCAUGACCAGCUGUGGACUAUUUUGAAUUGAUGAAGAACAGAAUAAAGUCAGAUAGCAGUCAUCUGGAUCCAACCUCAAUUUUUAAGGUCCUUAAGAAUCACAGACCACGACAGACACAUUUCUAUCUUAUAAAAUCUCAAAAGCCUCAAAAUUGACGGCUUCGUGGCGCAAUGGCUUAGCAAUGAGUUAGGGCGAUGAGACCCGCGGGUUCGAAUCCCGCUCGGGACAAUUUUUAUAAUAUUUGUAUGGCCUACAAACAAUUGUUCCAGAUCUGGCUGUUUGUCCUUGUGAAAUUUAUGUACAGUCAAGUCUAAGAACUUUACGAAUGGAAGGUAACUCUGCUAGUAACGUUUUUCGGGAUAUGCCAUUUUUUGGAUGAAAAUAUAAUAACUAAUUGACAGCAUUGCUUUCAAUAUAGCAACAUGAGAAUUAAUUUUGGCAUUUUAUUUUAACGCGGAAUUAUGCCGGCGAAAUAACCUCUUUGUCUUUGUGCUCCAGAACUUUGUUAAUUUUCGUUUGAAAUACUGAAUGCAGAUAUUUAUAUCUUUGUAGUAAUGUAAUAUUAAUGAUUAUCAAAUGUAAUAUACCGUUUUUAACAUGUUGGUCUUAAUGAUUUCUUAUAUUUACACGAACACUACACGUUGAAUAAAACUACUUUUACUUGAUGACGGGGGGAAAACACCGCCGACCAUCCCGCGGUGUGAGUGCUCCAUGCCGGAUGUGCUGUUCUCACAGCGCUCGGUUCGCAAAGCACUGCUCUCCCUGGACAUCCAGAAGUCGAGUGGGCCUGACGGAAUCCCCCCAAUUGUGCUGAGGACGUGUGCUCCGGAGUUGGCACCGGUCCUAACGCGUCUUUUCCGGUACUCCUACUCCCAAGGCGUAGUCCCGAAUUCAUGGAAGACAGCUUUUGUCCACCCGAUCCCUAAAAAAGGCGACCGCUCAGACCCAUCCAACUAUAGGCCUAUCGCGAUCACCUCCUUGUUCUCCAAAAUAAUGGAAUCCAUUAUUAACUGCCAGCUCAUCCGGUACCUUGAGGAUCACCAGCUGAUUAGUGACCGCCAAUACGGUUUUCGUCGGGGUCGAUCAGCUGGUGAUCUUCUGGUCUACCUGACCCAUAGAUGGGCGCAGGCAGUAGAGUCCAAGGGGGAGGCGUUGGCCGUUAGUCUGGACAUUGCGAAGGCCUUCGAUCGGGUUUGGCAUAAAGCGCUUCUUUCGAAGCUCCCUUCCUAUGGGCUUCCCGAGAAAUUGUGCAAUUGGAUCACCAGCUUCCUUGCAGAUCGGAGCAUCAAGGUCGUUGUAGACGGUGCAUGCUCUGACUACAAGCCUAUUAACGCUGGUGUUCCACAAGGCUGUGUGCUAUCACCAACGCUGUUUCUUCUGCAUAUCAAUGAUAUGUUGCUAACUGGUAACAUUCAUUGCUAUGCGGAUGACAGUACUGGUUAUGCUCUAUAUACCGGCCGUGCCAAUAUUUCUCGGGAAAACGUCGCUGAGUACCGGAACAAACUUGUGUCUGAAGUCGAGUCUUUGCUGAACAAAGUCUCGGAUUGGGGGCGACUAAAUCUAGUCCAAUUUAAUCCUCAGAAGACACAAGUUUGCGCGUUUACCGCUAAAAAGAACCCCUUUGUCGUAUCUCCUCAGUUUCAAGGCACUCCCCUUCUUGCCUCUGCCAGUAUCGGUAUCCUCGGAGUCGACAUAUCGAGUGACGUGCAGUUUCGUGGUCACUUGGAAGGGAAGGCCAAAUUGGCCUCUAAAAAGCUUGGCGUGCUCAGCAGAGCGGGACAGUAUUUCAUGCCGGCACACCGCCUGCUACUUUACAAGGCGCAAGUUCGGCCUCACAUGGAAUACUGUUCCCAUCUCUGGGCAGGGGCUCCCCAGUGCCAGCUCCUUCCACUUGACCGCAUCCAACGCAGAGCGGCUCGAAUUGUCGACGACCGAGCCCUUACCGAUCGGCUCGAUUCAUUGGCACUGCGAAGAGAUGUUGCAUCCCUUUGCAUUUUCUUUCGCAUCUACCAUGGGGAGUGCUCUGAGGAAUUGUUCAGACUAAUUCCAGCCGCUCAAUUUCGCAAUCGCAUAUUGCGACAAAACUCGCGAUACCAUCCAUACCAUCUGGAUGAUUGGCGGUCCACCACUGUGCGAUUUAGAAGAAGUUUUCUCCCUCGCACAACUUCAUUGUGGAAUCGAUUACCAUCAGCGAUUUUUCCGGACCGAUACGACUUAGGGACCUUCAAGAAAAGAGCGUACACAUUUUUAAAAGGCCGGCAACGCGUCUGCGAUUCCCCUGGUGUUGCAGUUGUUCAUGGGCGGCGGUAGUCACUUACCAUCAGGUGAGCCGCAUGCUCGUUUGCCCCCUCUCCUAUAAAAAAAAUUCUAUCCCCUUUAAUUAACUUACUUUUAUUAUUUCCCGAACUGACGUGAAGCACCAACGUUCCGGGAAGUCUGCAGUUGGAGAUCAUAUCUUAGACGGCUCCCGCCAUUACAUUAGAUUUGAUAAACCACAAAUUCUUGCCAAAGAACAUCGAUUCUUGCCAAGGAUGAUACGUGAGGCUAUUGAAAUUAAAAAAAAAUAUCCUAAUUUCAUUUUUUUUUAAAUUCAUUCCUGAUUACUUUUGGCCUUAAUUAGCUUUUGUUCUUCGUAUUCUCUCUUUAUUUUUCUCAAUAAGUUAUUGCAGAAGUUGCGAUAACGGGUGUAUGUUAAUUUUAGAGUUUCGUACUCCUGGUUAACUCUAACAUCGGGACGUCAAUCCCCUCAGUCCCCCGUGACCAUGGGUGCUGUAAAGCACCCGACGCGUCGGGAAUUAAUAAAAAUAAGUUAAUUAAACGCGAUAGAAUCCGUAAAAGUAGUUUUAUUCAAUGUUAGUCUUAACAUUUAUCUAUAAAACUAACUUGGAAAAGUUACCAUAUCAGUGAUGCAUCUGUGACGGUUACUUUGACAUGUUUUGCUUCAACCAAGGGUUUUCACUUUUCACUUUAAACCUAUAUGUUUAACCGAUUUCGACUAUUUAAAGAAAGGGUUCUGUACUUGAAAUGCUGUGUGUAUGUUUGUAUCGAUGUUUACUUUAGAAUACGGGUGACAAUCGAACACACAGUCCACCUGAUGGUGAGUGGAUGCUGUGGCCCAUAGACAUCUACAUUUAUCCUCGAUUUAAAAUCCUCGAUUUCAAAAUGCAGAUGCGUUGUUACCCCCGAGGACUAAAAUGGAACGCCUCAUUUCCAGUAAAAAGGGUAUCCGGUUCUCUACACUCACCAUACGAAACACAGCAGCAUUAAACUGGUAUUUUACGCUGAUACUCUGAGAGAGCGUGGUCCUACCCGACGAGCCGACCCAUUCGUGUCCGUAGAGCCACGUUGCAGUUAUAUUAUGGUUGUACAUAAUAUAGCUGCAGCGUAGCUCUACCUGUGGCAUGUUUAACCGUAGCAUCCCAUUAGAGCGAUUUUGCCAAAUGAGUCGUCAAUCAAUUCAUCUUUAUC